AUGGAUCUCGCCAACAAGCUGCAGGCGGCGCCGGGGCACCUCGCGGCGCAGGCUGCCCCGUGGGUCGUCGCGCACCCCGUUCGCAGCGCCCUGCGCGCGCGCCAGGCUCCCUGCAGUUCACCGCAGCAGGGGGGGUCUGUCCGCGUGUCCUGUGGUCGCUGCCGAUGCAGCCGCGGGACGCGCGUCGUUCUGCGCCGCCUGCACGCCGUCGCGGAGGAUGCAAGCGCGACGAGCGAUGAGGCGCCGGCGGAAGCGGCGGCCGAGCCAGAGGAGGAAGAAUCUGCGGCACCCGCGGCGCAGAAGGCGGCCAAGAUUGCUCUGAAAGACAUAGAAGUUGGGGGAACAUAUGAGUCGAAAGUGAUGAAGAUCAUGAAUUUCGGUGCGUUUGUGGACAUUGGUGCGGAGUGCGAUGGGCUUGUGCACAUAUCGGAGAUUUCGAAAGGCUUUGUUUCCAAAGUUGAAGAUGUCCUGAAGGUCGGUCAAGUUGUAAACGUCAAAAUUCUUGGCGUUGAGGUUGACACCAAAAGAGUCUCCUGCAGCAUGAAAGCAUUGCUACCAGAUGAAAAGAAGCAAGAGAGUGGACGCAGUCCCCCAAAAGAUGGGCGACAGCGGCAGCAGCGUCGCAAGGACGCCCCUGAGGGAAGGGGAAGGUCCGAACGCCGGAGCUCAGACCAGGGUGGGGCCCAGAGAAAACGACGCCCCACCAUGCGGGUGGGCCAGGAGGUGAAGGGCAAGGUGGACAAUGUUCUUGAUUGGGGGGCAUUCAUCGAUUUGGAAGAUGGCCAGCGAGCACUUCUACACGUGCAGGAAAUGAGGGACGUCUUCACAAGUUCUGAUGACCAGCGCGCUGAUGCACACGACUAUGUGGAGGCAGGGAAAGAGAUGACCCUGCGCGUUAGGAGCGUUGACAACAAAGGGAAUUUCACGUUGACAGAGAGGACUCCGGAGGAGAUCGCCUUUCUGGAGAAAGUGUCCAAGAGUGGGUAUGAGUACAAACCAGAAGGGGAGGUUGAGCUCAUGCUUGGGACUCUGAUCAAACAAGCCGGAGUGACACGUGACAUGUUCCCUGAUUUGCCUGAGCGUGCUGUCUAUGAUGAGGAUUAUGAAGAGCCUGCUCCAGCAGGCAGCGGGCACCCAAAAGCAGAACUUGAGGCUCCAGCGGAAACUCCAGCAGAAGCACCGGCAGAACCUCCCGUGGUGUCUCCAACAGCAUCUCCUGUACCAGUUGUUGCUGAUAGCAGCUCAAGUGCAACUGAGGAGGCUGCUGUGAGCAGCAGUUCGAAAGCAGAAGCAGAGAAAGAAUCGGAUGGUGCACCAGCUGUGACCAUCAGCGCAAAGGCUGUGAAACAACUUAGGGAUAUGACAGGGGCCGGAAUGAUGGAUUGCAAGAAGGCACUGACAGAGUGCGGUGGAGUGAUGGAAGAAGCAGUUGAGUAUCUGCAGAAGAAGGGUAUUGCAAGUGCAGCAAAGAGGGCUGGCCGCAUUGCAUCCGAAGGCCUCGUGCACUCAUACAUCACAGACGAUGGGAUGUCUGGCGUGCUUGCAGAGAUCAACUGUGAAACAGACUUUGUGGCUCGUGGCGACCAGUUCAAGGACCUCGUGGCUGUGAUUGCUAAGCAGAUAGCCGACUGCCCUGAUGUGGCAUGUGUCUCUGUCGAUGACGUCCCAGAGGCUCUUUUGGCUUCUGGCGCAUCCAAGGAGUCUCUUGCACUGCUGUCUCAGCCCUGCACCACUGAAGAUGGCAAGACUGUGAAUGACUUGCUCAUCGAAACGUCAGCUGGCAUCGGGGAAAAACUUGCUGUUCGGAGAUUUGAGCGGUACAAUGUGGGAGCUGGGAGGUCAGAGGAGAAUCCACAGGGCCUUAUUGGAAGUUAUGUGCAUGCUGGGAAGCAGGGAGUCAUGGUCGAGGUCAGCUGUGAGUCCAAAGAAGCUGCGCAGGGUGAUGUCCUCAAGGACUUUGCUUUAGAUAUGGCCCUGCAGAUCACAGCAAGCCCAGAUGUGCGCUAUGUGAGCCAAGACAACAUCCCUGCAGCUGUAGCUGAGAAGGAGAAGGAGAUGGAGAUGGCAAAGGAGGACUUAUUGAGCAAACCUGAGCAAAUCCGUGGAAAGAUUGCAGAGGGGCGUGUGGCAAAGACGCUCCAAGCCAUGUGCCUCCUGGACCAGCCGUUUGUGAAGGACCAGGGCAAGACCGUUGCAGAAGUUGUCGCCGAUGCUUCCAAAUCCACUGGGGAGCAGGUUGAGAUUCAACGCUUUGAGCGCUUCGUGCUUGGAGAGGGUUUGGAGAAGAGAAGUGAUGAUUUUGCGGCAGAGGUAGCAGCGCAGAUGGGCAAGGCAUGA